AGCACCACGAUGAACGCAGCCAUCACUCUGCUGCUAGCCCUGGCAGCACCCAUCCUCGCAGCCCCCAACACCGACGCCGUCGCCGUCUGCCAGCGUCUGCACUCGUUAUACCCCCAAUACACCGUCUGGGAUCCCUCAGGAAGCUACGCCGGCGAAACCUUCUGGAACCAGUCCUACUACACGAACACCGUCAAGGAGUACUGGAAUGGCGUGAACGCCAACAAUCGUCCAGCCUGUGCCUUCUUCCCGGCCAACGCGCAACAUGUCGCCGUCGCGGUUCAGCAACUGAAUCGAUACUCCACCGCGCCAUUCGCUCUCAAAUCAGGCGGACAUAACUUCAAUGCUGGCUUCUCCAGCACCAAUGGCGGCGUCCUCAUCUCCUUCAACGAGAACCUGUCCUCUACCGUCCGCAACCCAGACGGCAAUACCUUCGAUGUCGGCCCCGGAGCACGCUGGGGAGACGUCUACGAGGUCACCGAGAAGACGAAGCAGGUGGUCGUCGGUGGUCGACUCGGUAAUAUUGGUGUGGCUGGAUAUACCCUUGGAGGCGGGCUGUCGUACUACUCAGCUCAAUAUGGCCUAGCCUGCGACAACGUGCUCAACUUCGAAGUCGUCCUCCCCAACGGCACGAUCACCAACGCGAACAGCACCUCGCACCCUGACCUGUGGUGGGCCCUCCGCGGCGGCGGGAACCGGUUCGGGAUCGUGACCAAAUUCACCUUGCAAGGCCACCCCCUCGGCGACAACGGGCAAGUAUGGGGCGGAAUCAAGCUCUUCACCGCCGACAAGCGGCAACAGAUCUUCGAGGCCCUGUCGAACUUCACCAGCGAGUACCCGGACGCGAAAGCGGCCGUGAUCCCGACCUUCGACUUCGGCCUGCCGGGCGCUCUGGUCUCCAACCCGGCCCUGUUCUAUUUCUAUGACGGCGCGAAACCAAGCUCCAAUGCGUUCAUGGGGCUUGAUAACAUUGAAGCGCUCAUCGACAGUACCAAGACGACCACGUACAGCGAUCUGGCGAGCCAAGCGGGCGGCGCUAAGAUCUAUGGAAUUAAUGCCGCUGCGCGCGUCAAUACGUUCCCCAAUAUGCCCCCACCGCAGCUGUCUCGGCUGCUGGAGGCGCAUUGGAGCACUUUCCAGUCGCAGAUCAAGAAUGACUCCAGUCGUAAUAUCGAUAUCCAGAUCGGCACGUUCACGCCCCAGCCGCUGUCGGUGCGGAUUGCCCGCGCGUCUCAGGAGCGUGGUGGGAAUACCCUCGGCCUGGACCCGGCCAACGGUGAUCGGUUCUGGGUGGAAAACGAUCUCAUCUGGAUAAACCCCGUCUGCAACGAUGCCUGUCCGGAGUAUCUGCGCGAGGUGGGGGAUUCAAUUAACGCGGUGUUUAACAGGACUCUGCGGGGCACGAAGCCUACCAAUUAUCAAUCGGGUGAUGUAAAUUUCGUCUCUGUUAAUCCCUUGUUCAUGAACGACGCGGGCGACUAUCAGAACGUGUAUGACAGUUAUGGGGCGGAGAAUAAGGCCCGUCUGGAGAGUAUCGCGAAAGCGUAUGAUCCGAAUCGCUUCAUGUUCCGACAGGGAGGGUGGAAUUUUUGAGCGAUGAUCGGUACAGCUGUAGAAUAUAGGUGACUGGUGACUGAUAUGGUUGUUAUGUAAACACUUUUAUAGUAACUAAUAUGCUGAUAGCACAGCAACUAAUAAACAUGAAGACGGCAGAAAAUGUUGAGUAUGGC